AUGACAAAUAAAGAAAUUGGUAAAAUAAUAAAUCAUAUUGAAGAAUUUACAUCUCAAGACAGUGGCGAAGUUAUUAUUGAGAAUGAUACUAGUGAUAAAAAUAUAGCUCUAAACCAAGAUAAAAAUUACAAGGAAACUGAGGAUGCUUACGACACUGAUAGUAUCCUGACUUUUUUGCAACACCGUAUUGAAAGUGUGCAACAAGUAAAUUCUAUGCAAAGGUUAACAUCUUUGCUUCAAGAAGUUUCCGAUAAAAUUGAUACUUCGUCUGCGGAAAAAUCUGCAGAGGAUAUAGAAAAUUUGGAAAACAAUCUCGAUGAAAUUCAAGCUGUUAUUAUCGAAAUAAAACGAGACUACGAUGGUUCUGCAAAUGAUGUACUCAAUGAAACUCUUGAAGAUUUAGAAUGCAGUGUGAGGAGUGUUCAACUUCAAAUACACGAAGAUAGUCCACCCGAGUUUUUAAAAGAAGCCUGUGCAACUUUACAUUUAUUAGUGACAAACAUGGCUGCCAUUCAAAAUGUUGAAGCAAUUCAGACCACGCCCUAUCAAGCGAAACUGGAAACCAUUCUUCAAACUUGUUCCAGUGAUACUGAGAAAACUAUUAAAUUAUUAGACGCUGCACUGAAUUUGAGCCCUAACGAUGAAGUUGAAUUAGAUAAUCUUUUUCCAAACCUCAGUGAAUUGAAGCUUAUUCUUAAGUCGUUGAAGUCGAAUUUCAAUGAAAAUAUAGAAAUAAUCAUUGAAAAAGGAGAAUCAAUGCAAAGUGACAAAGCGGAAGAUAAUUCUGUGCAAAUAAACGAUCAGGACUCAAACGUGAAAGCUACCUUUGCGGCUGGUCAGAACGAUCAAAUACCUGAAAACGCCAGUGAAGUCAAACUAGACGACAAUGACGAUGACGUACUAUCUUACCAAAAAAUUGGUUUACAUUUAUCAGAUAAAACAUAUAAAGAAAAUGUAAUUGAAACCGAAAGAAGCAAAGAAAUCACUGGCGAAAGUAAACAAAAUCUGAGUAGUGAUAGUAAUGACAAGGAAUGUACAACUAAUGAAGAAAUAUUGGAUAAAAUUGAAGUAAAGCAGGAUAGGCUUUCGGGCACAGAUCAAAUACAUAAAAUGGAAGAGGAUGCGGAUGUAGAAUUACCAGUUCAAGAAAAUAUAAACAGCAAUAUCACUGACUCUCAAAAUACUGGAAUUGAAAACCAAAACGUUGAAAUUCAAAAUACUGAAGUUAGUGAAUUAAGCGAUACUGUAGAAAAUGAAGUGAUGGAAAUGUUAGGUAAAAAAUAUUUACAAAAUGUAAUUGAAACUGAAAGAAACAUAGAAAUCACUGGCGAAAUUAAACAAAAUCUGAGUGGUGAUAGUAAUGAAAACCAAUAUACUAGUCUUGAAGAAAAGUUGGAUAAAAAUGAAUUAAAGCAGGAUAUGCGUUCAGUAACAGAUCAAAAAUAUAAAUUUCAAAACGAUCUGAAUGUAGAAUUACCAGUUCAAGAAAAUAUAAACAAUAAUAGUACUGACUCACAAAAUACUUGUAUUGAUUCCCAAUACGUAGAAGUUCAAAAUACUGAAAUAAGUGAAUUAAACGAAACUGAAGAAAAUGAAGUGACAGAAAUAUUAGAUAAAAAAUAUUUACGGACUGUUACUGAAGCCGAAAGAACCAAAGAAAUGACUGAGGAAAUUAAAGAAAAUCUGAGUGGUGAAAGUAAUGACAAGGAAUGUACUACUAUUGAAGAAAAAUUAGAGAAAACUGAAUUAAAGCAGGAUAGGCUCGCGAACACAGAGCAAAAAUAUAAAAUGGAAGAGGACGUGGAUGUAGAAUUACCAGUUCAAGAAAAUAUAAACAGCAAUAUCACUGACUCUCAAAAUACUGGAAUUGAAAACCAAAACGUUGAAAUUCAAAAUACUGAAGUUAGUGAAUUAAGCGAUACUGUAGAAAAUGAAGUGAUGGAAAUGUUAGAACCAAAAGUUGUUUGGUAUAAGAAUGGUGCUCCACUUGACAACAAGCUUAAAUACAGAACAAAGUUCUUGGAUGGGUUACUUACUAUGGAGGUACUCAAUGCCGUCCCAAGUGAUUCUGCUGAAUAUAGUUGUACAGUAGAAACCGAUUCUGGCUCAGUCAGCACUUCAGCUAAUUUAAAAGUUUACCCUAUUUUUGAAGCAUCGCCUAUUCCUCCAACCUUUACACGAUCCAUAAGAGAUAAGUAUCACUUAGCUGAAGAUGAAUUAGUACUUGAAUGUCGAAUUCGAGGCCAACCACUUCCAACAAUAAAGUGGCUAAAAGACAAUACAUUCAUAGAAUCCAGUGAACGUCAUCAAGCAUUCUAUUUAGCAGACGGAGUUUGUAGAUUAUCUAUUAGUAAACCAACUUCAGAGGACAGUGGGAAAUAUACAUGUAAAGCUGAAAAUUCCAUGUGGUCUGAUGAGAUUAGUCAUAUAGUAACAUUCACUGGUAAAGAACGUUGGACAAGACCGCAUUUAACGUCUUUAGAAAGAUCAAGAUUAAAUCAUCAAACAUUUGAAGCACAUCGACCUCAUUUUACGAACGUUUUGACUGAUUACAAAGUAGCUAAAGGUGGAACUAUUGGCUUACAAGUAGAAAUCAAAGGUUCUCCUGUGCGAGUAGAAUGGUUGCGCGAAGGAUGCUCCAUUACAGAAAUAUAUAGAAAUGCUCAAACGUUUGUAGACCAUGGCUUGUAUACUUUGGCGCUAUCAGAUGUCACCGAAAAAGAAUCUGGAAUAUACACGUGCAGAGCUUGGAGUAACCACGGUAAUGUCGACAUGAACGCAGCUAUAACCGUCGUUGUACCAAAUGAAAUUGAUGGCAAACCUGCAGUUAUAAUUGGUCGCCCACAAAAAGAUAUAAUCAUUUCAAUUGGUGAAGAUUUAAACAUUUCUUUUAGAGUGCAAGGUGAACCUAAACCAAAGGUGACAUUUAUGAAAGGUAUUCGUGAUAUAACCAAUAGUCAACGAGUUUGUAAAAUGACAUCUGACGACUAUGUGAAGUUUACACUGAAGAGAUCUGUUAUAUCAGACGCCGGCACGUAUUGCAUUCUUGCUAGAAAUUCAUAUGGUUGUGACAGAGUAUUCGUUACUGUAGCGGUCAGACAGCGCGCUUCAUCAGAAAAUUUAAUAUCUGAUUGGACAUAUCCCAUGGACGAUUCGAUGAUUGUGGCUUCUGAACGCCGAUUUAAAACUGUACCUAACCGUAUCCCGGGAGAGCCGAGCGUUGUGGACGGUGGAAAUAAUUGGGUUUCGCUAGCGUGGCCCAAGCCUGAUCCUGGAAACGGAGUCCCAGUACAAGCAUAUAAAAUCGAGAGCUGGCUGCUAGGGAAGGAGGGGGGUGCGCGGUGGACGGAACUCGGUAUUACGCCACUGAACUCCUUCGAUGUUUUCAACCUCAAACAGGGCGAGGAGUAUCAUUUCAGAAUAACCCCGAAGAAUAGGCACGGUUGGGGAGAGUCCGUGCAAACUACCUCGCCUGUUGGAGUCGGCCUAGCCGGAGACAGGCCCGAGUUUGUGGACAUUUUACCGGGACAAUUGAAAGUGUUAGUGGGAGAGACAGCAACGUUAAAAUGCAGUUUUAAGGGUAAACCUAUUCCGGAAAUUGUUUGGAUGAAGAAUGGUCACGAAAUCGACGAAGACGACAAGCGCUUUAAUACUACUUUGGGUGAAUAUGAAUCUUCGCUAACUAUUGAUGGUGUCCAGAUAGAGGAUGAAGCUAGGUACAGCUGUGAAGCAACAAACAUUCACGGAAGGGCAUCGACGUAUGCGAGAGUGGCGGUCGUUACAGACAGACUCCUUUGGGAAGCGGAUGCUAAGCUUAAGAGAGAGAGGUCGGCUGACGACGGGGAAUGCCCACCUCAAUUCACGAUGCGACUACGAGAUAGGCGUGUGCAAGCCACGUAUCCGGUUCGUUUGACCUGUCAAGUUAUUGGGAGACCGCCGCCUGUUAUAACCUGGUUCAAGGACGGCGAAGAAGUGGUGUUUGACAGUCGGCACACGAAAUCGCAGGAUGAGCUAUUCCACACUCUGGAAAUAGCGCCCACCCAUCUCGAAGACGGAGGCACUUACGAGGCGAUGGCGAGGAAUAGCAGCGGCGCGAUUAGCUGUCAUUGCAAUCUGGUAGUAGACAAGGGCAUCAGGGCUUACAUCGCGCCGGAGUUCUGUUGUGGAAUGCAGCCGCUGUAUCAGAUCGGCGUUGGCGAGGAGUUGAGGAUAUCGGCGGUGGUGGAAGCGUAUCCCUCUGUCGGUGUGACUUGGUACAGAGACGGCACUCGUCUGCGCCCCAGUCGGCGGGCAGUGAUGACUUUGGACCGCGACGGCCAAAUAGAACUGGCGGUCGCCUCGGUCACGCACCGCGACGCCGGCAUCUACACGUGCACCGCUUCUAACGAGGUCGGCAAAGCGUCGACUUCGGGCAAGGUUGAGGUUAUGGGCGAUAACGCGGAGGGGAGCAGUCCCGUGCUACCGACGCUCAUCUGUCCAGACGUGCCAUAUUCAAAGGAACCGACCUUUAUAAGAAAACCAAGGUCGAGUGAGGCACGAGAAGGCGACACUGUUAUAAUAGAAUGUGAGGUGAUAGGAGACCCUAAACCUGAUGUCUACUGGCUCAGAGACUUUUUGAGGCCGGACUAUUACCGGGACGCGUCCCACUUUAGGCGAGUUGGGGCUGGCCCCGAGUACCGGUUUGAGAUACCCCACGCCAAGUUAGAUUACACCGGCGCCUACUCCGUGGUUGCGAGGAACCGGCAUGGCGAAGCGAAAGCCGUCAUUUCGCUGCAGAUCCUGGCCAAAGAUCCAACUUCAUCCGAAGAAACGCACAACGUACGAUACGGGCGCGUGGAAGUGAUCCCGCGUUUCGAGAGGGAGCUGACGGACUUACUGUCACACGACGGCGACGCCGUCGAGUUUGAGUGCCGGGUUAGCGGUAACCCGGAGCCGGACGUAAAGUGGUAUCAUUACAGCGAGUUUAUCCGCGACUGUUCGGACUUCGAAACGACGUACGAGCUCGGCACCGCGCGGCUGAAGAUCAGACAGGUGACCGCUGACGACGAGGGCACCUACACCUGCGAGGCGCGCAACAGCCUCGGCAAAGCCAAGACCAGCGCCUGCCUCAUCGUCUACCCCCCUGGCGAGCCGAACACCCUCAGUCAGCGGCUGCGUCGGCCGCCAGCUCUGCUGUCCAGCACCUCCACCCCACGCAGCACACCAGCCCGUUCGAUGUCGAGAACUAGAACGCCCGGUCCAGAUAUGCGGAGCCUCUGCAGCCCCGCCCGUGAAAUUGCUCCCAAGUUCUAUACUUACCCGUUCAACAAGGUAGCGGAGGAAGGGGAGACCGUUGUGUUCCAAUGCGCGGUCAAGGGCCUGCCCGCCCCGUGGGCGACGUGGGACAAGGACGGCAUGGUGAUAAUGCCCUCCUCCAGAAUAGCCAUCAAGGAGAAGGACGAAAUGCUGAGGAUCCUGGAGAUAGAGGAGGUGCGCAGCGAAGACGUGGGCCUGUAUCGGGUCACGUUGGAAAAUGACUACGGCAGGGCGGAGGCGUCCGCGCGGCUUGAGGUCAUCUCGCAUUCGGGAAAGUUCUACUCCGGCGAACGCCGAAGCGUUUUGUCGAGACGUUUA